AAUGUCUCAGCUUGCAAAGCUCCGGUCCUUCCAUUCUCGAAGCUUGAACAGGGCUGUUUGCAAAGACUCUCUCUGUGAAAGGAGCUUCUUCAGGAGAAGUAAUGUCGGCUGCAGACAACUUCACGUCCCUUCACUUUGCCAGCCUCCCGUGGCAAUUGCUCCUUUGUAGAGCCCGGCACAUAGAGAAGCACGGGGCGUUUUCUCCGCUUUCCAAGAUUUAUUCACCGUCUUUCUUUCACACUUGCCCGUUAAAAACAAAAACUGCCCGCUGAUGCUCCGGCUGCCAUCGGUUUCUGUGGUGCGUGGCAUUCUCAUGGUUGGGAGCAACCGUGAAGAUCGAGAAUCGCUGCACGGUUCCAGGGAACGCGAUGUAUCCAGUUUCGUCGGGAGUUUUCCCCGGCUUUCUACUCCGCCCGCAAGGCAAAGAACACCUUUUCUGUAAAUGUAGUCAACGGGGUCGUCUAGCCUACACAUUUUCUGCUUUUUCGUUGACUCGGCCCGUCUUAAAGGGAGCGCCGUUCUCCGCGCCCUGAGAGUGCUCUUUCCCCCUCGGCGGUUCCUAAUCCCUUCUCUCUGUAUCGCGCCUGUUGUUGCUUUCUUUUGGCGUCUGCCGUCCCGCUUCGUCGCCUUUUUUCAGGAAUUCUCCGGGCAUCUCUCCGCUGCUUAUUCGUCACCGCAAUUCACACCAUUCUAAAGAGCCGUCUCCCGCUGCUGCCUUCACGGGUUAAGGUUUGGGGGGUUUAGCGUUUACCGCUUCAACCCGUAAGGGUGUUCCUGCGCCGACUCUCAGCGUUUCCCGACCGCGACGACGCGGCCUUCUCUUGUGCGACCAAUUUCGCGCCGGAUUGAAGCUUGGGGUAAGGUCGUGGAGGGUUGCCUCCGAGGCCGCGAAUCAGCGGGGGCGGGUCGUUUUUGCAGCGGUGGAUUUCGUAGAGAGGACCAGUGGUUUUCGGGGGGGGGCGGCGGGUCGCAUGGCUCCCCCUGCAGAGCGCAGCUGCUGCCACACCAUUUUCAAGUUUUUUUAACGUUUUCAUUUCGCUGUUUCGAGCUCGAUCCGCCAGACUUUUCGCUGCUGUGCCGACAUUACUUUUUUCUUGAUCGAGCUUGUCCCCACAGUUCCAGUGAAGAUGCGUGUCGCCCACCCCCGGCUUCUACUCGCAGGAGCUGUCGCAGCUCUCCUCGCGACAACUGCCCACGGUAGUCAAAACGAAGCUCCCAAGGAGGCUGGAAAUGCGGCACCGUCUGCAGUGUUCCUGUCAGGAGUUUCCACGGAGAAACUGGCAGCGAUGCUGGAAAAGCAGAGGUCGACCAUGGACGAGGACACGUACAACAACAUGCAGACUGUCCUCAAUGAGGUGAAAACGUCUGACAUGGAGCAGUUCAUGAAAAUGCUUGGGGAAGGCGGACAAGGAGUCGAUUCGAUCAUGAACCACCCUCUAAUGCAGAAAAAGGUGAAAGUCGCGGAGGAAAUCUCUGGUUUGCUCGAGGACUUGGUGCAGAGCUCAAAUUUCACGGACGACCAGGUUGAAGAGCUCGGACGAAUUCUUUCGGCGAACAGUGCACGGCUGGUCCGAGGAGAGAUUACUCUCGAAACCUUUCUUAGUCAGAUUAAGGAUGCAAAGGCUGCUGUCGAGGAAGACGAAGAAAUGGCCCAGGGGGCGGGCGAUAGUGCUGAAAACAGUAGCAUCUAAGCGCCACUGGGGUGUAGAGGACGACAGUGUCUUUGGAGUUUGUCCGGAGUUUGUGGAAACAAAGAUCUUUAUCUCGAGAUUCUCGAGCAAUUUCAAAAAGUUCAGCUCUGUCAAGAGUUUUUGAGGUUGAGGAAAAGUGAAGAGAACGCCCAGUCGACUUCUGUGUUUCUGGCUUGGCCUGACACAAAAUCUGGACGAGUUGGGGUUGGUCUGUCGAGAGUGUUUCCACGAUGUUUCCCGCAGAUAAGGGAAGGAUGGUGCAGGAUAGUAUCGGUAGACGGAAGAGAGAUACGCCUUCGGAGGGGAAGCGCUCUGAUUCAGGUUUUAACGCAAAAGACGGAAACGGAGUGUCCUUCCCUGUAACUUUUGGACGCCAGGAAAAGACUCGCAUGCGCCAGGCUUUUUCUCUGUAGCCCUUACGGCACUUGUUGCUAUGGCAACUCGAGGCCGAAGGCUUCCUUGUUUCUUUGCCUCUGUGCAGCAGGGUGGCACUAGGCACUGUUUAGGGUAGGGGCUGGAGCAAGGACAGAGUUUUUGAGGCCAUUCCAGGAACUUUUCCGGCGCUGGGUAUUUGUAAAAAACAGAGAAAAGAGAGCUUGUUUCCCUUUCACUCCCCGUUUGAGUGUCACAUGCCUGUGACAGUUCUGCAGGAUGGUCGUGAUGUGUUCACGCCUUAUGAAGCUGCUUCGAUGCGAAUCGUGGCAGGCUUGAAACAGUUUCUGCGUGCCACCUUGUGGACCUUCUGUUCCCCAGUGUUUUUUGAACUCGCUUGCUCUAGAGGAAGUUCGUUGAGAAUCAAAUUUAAGGAGUGCUGAUGAAAUCCGAGAAAUGGGGGGAGAGUGUAAGACGCUGGGGAACCAAGCGAACAAGUCGAAUGGUGCGGAAAUGACGUUUCAGUUUUCGCUGUUCAAAUGAUUUGUCGGCAGUGCAUGUCUGUAUCAAAGAUUGUAGAAAGACUGGUUUUGCGAAGUCAAGUUUUUGUCCCACAUGUGUGGCUUUCUCUUAAUGCCUG